AUGAGUGAUUUCGUGUACAGAAUCAGUACUGCGAAGGAGUGGGAGGAGUUGCAGAAAAAUGGAUCCGUUUUCGGUGGGGAGCUUGACAAGGCUUCUGGUUUCAUCCAUCUCAGCAAGCUCGAUCAGGUUCAGUUAACACUGGAGAACUUUUUCUUGAACAGCAAGUUGGAACUCUACCUGCUUCAAAUUGAUGCUAAAAAGCUUGGUGAUGGUUUGGUGUUUGAAAUUGUGGAUGCCUCAAAUAGCUUCCCUCAUUUCUAUGGGCCAUGUCGAAGCUUUGUUCCUCUCCCUCUUGAUGCAGUAACAAAGGCUGAGAAGCUGAAUCUCUCAGAUGGUGGAUUUAGUUGUAAUUUGCUUGAUUAA